AUGCAUUUUUUUACCUUCAUUACUCUAGUGGCUGUGCUUGUCAUCAACCUACUCUGCACAGCUCCGGCCGCCGCAUCACGGUCUCAUCAGCGUGCGCACGAUCUUGACACGGUGAAGCCAAUCUCAGAAUUAGGAUGGACCGUACCACUUCUCUCAGGCACAUACGCGCUUCCUCCUCCUGCCGCGGACAAGACGUUGAAGUAUCUCACUCUUGGUCGGGGCAUCAUGACCUAUGGAUGCAAUGGCAACACACCUGGGAAUGACCAACCGGUCUACCUUUACCAAAAUACCGAUCUUUAUGACGUUACGCCCCUAGCUCAAAACCUCCCAGACGAAGCUGCUCUGCACUCGCUUGUUCCACAUUUCUGUGAGUACGACUAUGCCGAACUGAGAAACACAUCGAUGCACUGUGUUGGGCGAAUUUACAAUCAGUCCGACCAUACCAUUGUCAACCUCUUCGGCUUCAACGUUCCAGAGUUCACUAUUGAAGUUGACCAGGUCAUACCAUCUCCAGGUGGCCAGACAGUAGAUGGCUACUGGGACCAUUGCACUACUAUUGACAAAGAGUGGGAGAUGUACCGCGUGGAGACGGCAGGUGGAGCUACGCCAACCACCUGUAAAGGGCAUGAGAACUCAACCAUUAGUGUUGCAUAUGCAGCUGAGUACUGGUUCUACCAUUGUUAG